GAACCGUUAGAAAGUAUCACACACACACAAACAGGCACUCUCUUCAACGCAGAGAAACUGAGAGUGAGAGAGAGAGCAAAAAUGGCGACCAAUAUCGGUAUGAUGGAUUCAGCUUACUUCGUAGGCAGAUCUGAGAUCUUAGCCUGGAUCAACUCCACUCUCCAACUCAACCUCUCCAAAGUCGAAGAGGCUUGUUCUGGUGCGGUUCACUGCCAGCUAAUGGACGCUGCUCAUCCAGGGAUGGUGCCGAUGCACAAGGUUAACUUCGACGCCAAGAACGAGUACGAGAUGAUCCAGAACUACAAGGUUCUUCAGGACGUGUUUAACAAACUCAAAAUCACUAAGCACAUUGAGGUGAGCAAGCUCGUAAAAGGAAGGCCGCUUGAUAAUUUGGAGUUCAUGCAAUGGAUGAAGCGGUACUGCGAUUCCGUCAAUGGAGGCGCUCUGCACAGUUACAAUCCUUCGGAGAGGAGAGAGGCUAGCAAGGGAGGAAAAGAAGUAACGAAGAAAGCUGCUCCGUCCCAAUCUUCAAACAAAAGUUCUACAGCUGCCCCUAAAGCUCAGUCCUCCCACAACGCUCGAAGGAAUGAAGUAUCUUCUGUAAACCUUGCAAAUCAGUCACAAAAGGCGCCGAGACCUACUUCUAGUGGAGGCCCUGCAUAUGAUGAAAAGAUCACGGAGUUGAAGCUGUCUGUGGAUAGCCUUGAGAAGGAGAGGGAUUUCUACUUUGGGAAAUUGAGGGAUAUUGAGAUUCUCUGCCAAAGUCCCGAAAUUGAACAUUUACUUGUUGUUGAAGCAAUAAAGAAGAUUCUUUAUGCUACAGAUGAUGAUGCAUCAGUGAUGGCAGAAGCUCAAGCCAUGUUGUCCUCUCAGCAGAAGGAAGCAGAGCCAUUGAGUCCCAUUGCUGAGAUUUCGGAGGAGAAAAGCAGUUCAGAAACUCAGAAGAGAAAAAAUAUUGUGAAUUUCGAUGUUGAUGCUGCCAGCCUUACAACAUUAUCUCCAAGGCAAAGGAUUUCUGAUGUUUCUGAUGUCCAUUGCAGUGGGUCACCCCUUAUGAUCUGAUUAUCUCCUUUUGUGGAUGUAAUCUCAUUUGCAUCUCUGCAAAACAGUUCUAUAGAAUAUCUUGCCUAUAUGUUUCCAGUCCUUCGAUGUGUCAAUUGUAGUUCAAACAAGUAAUGAAAUGGAUGUGCAGGUUAUACAUAUGUUUCAGUCUUUCAAAGCUCUAUGUUCUCUACCUAGGAGAUUUGAUAAUGAAACUCUCCUUUCUGCUUUUAGGAUUUUUUGUAAGUUGCAUUACCCUAUGUUGCUCAAUGGGGAGAACCUUAAUGCAGUAUUUUGGAAUGCAAUUUAUCCAUGGCAUUGCCCUUUUA